UCUACGCCACGUUCUUUGUCGUCUCCGUUCCAAGGCUCGCUGCCGUCCUCCCGGCCCGCACAUGCUUCAAGCCAUGCUCCAAGCCAUGGCUCCAGACCUUGCUUCCGCGCCCGAGAGCUGGAGUUUCAACCGUGUCAGGCUCCCCUCCAGGCUGCCUCGCUUUCUGUUCCAGGCACCCCACCAUCCUCAACACCAGGCGACGUAUCACGUCCAUCGCUGCUCUUCAUCCUCCAAUCAGCGGCAUCCCUCCUGCGCAAGUUCCUCCAAGCGCAUCGCCAUAUUCCACCACCUUCCACGGAUCGCUCGCGCGCCAGUGCCCCGGCGCCGGCUCCGCUUGCCAGCCACAACACCACCCAUCCCGGACUGAAACAUCGCCAACUCACCACAUCCUUACCACGUGACAUUUCGCUGGACCCUUCCCAGAAUCUUCUAUUCGCGCACUUCAGGCCGCUUGGGUUGGAACUGCGCUGCGUACUGAGGGCUGUGCCAGCAGAUGACCGAACCCAAGGCACAACAACCCCCUACUAUGACGAUGCCGUUUAUGGAUCUCGAAAGACGCCCUUUUUAUCCUGUCUCGCAACACCACGGAGAUUAGUCCGGUCGUUGAAGAUUGGCCUCCCCAUCUUCGCCCGUUCAGCAUCAGCCGUCAGGCUUUCGUACGCUGCGUGGCGCAUCUCUAGCCAAUCCUGUCGGCUCCUGUGUGGGUUCUUCAGUCCCCGCUGAAGUGACGUUAAUGCUUCCAAUAACACGUCCAGCGAGCGCAUUUCGUCUUUUGCUAGCUGUCGCUUAGGGGCAGUUAUCUUUCGGACCACUAUUUCUUUGGCUACGACUGACACGGCGUUGGAGGCACUCUCCUCCCGUCGACGAGGCGGGUCUUGACGAGGCAGAUCUCGAUCGUAGGAAGGACUUGGCAGCUGUUUCUUCCGCGCAUGACCUUUCGUAACCCUUAGUCUGCCCUCCUUGGUUGCCUGAAUUGUCCUCCCACCUGCAGGCCAUCCACCGCGUUGCAAAGACACAUGAAACUGGCAAGCGAGUAAAGGGCCUAGCGGGAGGCGAUAGCGGCUGAGUGAAAAGCUGAGCGUUUCAAGGACGCUUCUUAGUCGGGGAGGCAU